CGCGCCCCCGCCCGCGCCGCCGCCGCCCCCGGCCGCGUGUGUGCCGCAGCCCGGACGCCGCCCCCGGCCGGGUCUCCACUUCUCGGCCGCGCCGCCCAUGACAGCGCCCGCGCGAAGAUGGCUGCGAAGGGCGCGCACGGCUCCCACCUGAAGAUGGAGAGCGAGCUGGAGCGCUGCCGCGCCGAGGGCCACUGGGACCGCAUGCCCGAGCUGGUCCGGCAGCUGCAGGCGCUGCUCGGGCCCGGCGGCGGAGGCGGAGGCGGAGGCGGAGGCGGCCGGCGACCCAGCCCCGGCGCCGCGGUCACCGCUCCGGACGCCGAUGACUUUGGGAAAUUGCUCCUGGCCGAGGCCCUCCUGGAGCAGUGUUUGAAGGAGAACCAUGCCAAGAUAAAAGACUCCAUCCCUUUGCCUGAGAAGAAUGAGCCAAAGAUGAAUGAAGCCAGAAACCAUCUGAGUAGUAUCCUUAACCACGGGAGGCUGUCUCCACAGUACCUGUGUGAAGCCAUGCUAAUCCAGGGCAAGCUGCAUUAUGUGGAGGGCUCGUACCGAGAUGCCAUCAGCAUGUACGCUCGGGCUGGGAUUGAUGAUAUGUCCAUGGAGAACAAGCCACUCUAUCAGAUGAGGCUGUUGGCGGAGGCCUUUGUCAUCAAAGGACUCUCCCUGGAACGCCUGCCCAACUCCAUCGCUUCCCGCCACCGCCUGACAGAGAGAGAGGAGGAAGUGAUCACCUGCUUUGAGAGGGCCUCCUGGAUCGCUCAGGUGUUCCUGCAGGAGUUGGAGAAGAUCACAAAUAACACCACAUCACGGCAUCUGAAAGGCUCUCACCCGGUUGACUAUGAGCUCACCUACUUCCUGGAAGCUGCCCUCCAGAGUGCUUAUGUGACAAACCUGAAGAAGGGGAACAUCGUGAAAGGGAUGAGAGAGCUCCGGGAGGUCCUACGCACUGUGGAGACCAAAGCAACUCAGAACUUCAAAGUGAUGGCGGCCAAGCAUCUGGCAGGGGUCCUGCUACAUUCCUUGAGUGAGGAGUGCUACUGGAGCCCCCUGUCCCACCCGCUGCCCGAGUUCAUGAGCAAGGAAGAGAACUCCUUCAUCACACAGGCCCUGCGGAAACCUCACCUCUAUGAAGGAGACAACCUCUACUGCCCGAAGGAUAAUAUUGAGGAAGCCCUCCUGCUGCUCCUCAUCAGUGAGUCCAUGGCUACCCGGGAUGUGGUGCUGAGCCGGGCGCCAGAGCAGGAGGAGGACCGGGCGGUGAGCCUGCGGAAUGCUGCGGCCAUCUAUGACCUCCUGAGCAUCACGCUGGGCAGGAGGGGCCAGUACAUCAUGCUCUCCGAGUGCCUAGAGCGAGCCAUGAAGUUUGCGUUUGAAGAAUUUCACCUUUGGUACCAAGUGGCCCUCUCUAUGGUGGCUUGUGGGAAGUCGGCCUAUGCUGUGUCACUGCUGCGGGAGUGCAUGAAGCUUCGACCAUCGGACCCCACUGUGCCCCUGAUGGCUGCCAAGGUCUGCAUCGGGUCCCUGCACUGGCUGGAGGAAGCAGAGCGCUUUGCCAUGAUGGUGAUCGACCUCAGGGAGGAAGCUGGGGAAUUCCUUUCCAAGGGCUACCUGGCACUGGGCCUCACAUACAGCCUGCAGGCCACUGACGCAACUCUGAAGUCCAAGCAAGAUGAAUUGCACCGGAAAGCACUGCAGACGCUGCAGAGAGCCCAGCAGCUGGCGCCUGGUGACCCCCAGGUCAUCCUCUAUGUCUCCCUGCAGCUGGCCCUCGUCCGCCAGAUAUCCAGUGCCAUCGAGCAGCUGCAGGAGGCCCUGAAAGUGUGCAGGGAUGAUGCCAACGCCCUCCACCUGCUGGCGCUCCUCUUCUCUGCCCAGAAGCACUACCAGCAUGCCCUGGACGUCAUCAACAUGGCCAUCACAGAGUAUCCUGAGAACUUCAGCCUCAUGUUCAGCAAGGUAAAGCUGGAACAGGUCCUGAAAGGCCCGGAGGAAGCCCUGGUGACCUGCAGGCAGAUGCUGCGACUGUGGCAGACCCUGUACAGCUUCUCCCAGCUGGGAGGCCUGGAAAAGGACGGGAGCCUCGGCGAGGGCGUCACACUGAAGAAGCAGAGCGGAAUGCACCUGACUUUGCCCGAUGCACAUGAUGCAGACUCCGGCUCUCGACGAGCAUCAUCCAUUGCGGCCUCCCGGCUGGAGGAGGCCAUGUCAGAGCUCACUGUGCCCAGCUCAGUACUGAAACAAGGCCCCAUGCAGCUGUGGACCACACUGGAACAGAUCUGGCUCCAGGCUGCUGAGCUGUUCAUGGAGCAGCAACACCUCAAGGAAGCAGGUUUCUGCAUCCAGGAGGCGGCAGGCCUCUUUCCCACCUCGCACUCGGUACUCUACAUGCGGGGCCGGCUGGCCGAGAUGAAGGGCAGUCUGGAGGAGGCCAAGCAGCUGUACAAGGAGGCGCUCACAGUGAACCCUGACAGUGUACGCAUCAUGCACAGCCUGGGUCUGAUGCUGAGCCGGCUGGGCCACAAGAGUCUGGCCCAGAAGGUGCUGCGGGACGCCGUGGAGAGGCAGAGCACGUGCCACGAGGCGUGGCAGGGCCUCGGCGAGGUGCUGCAGGCCCAGGGCCAGAGCGAGGCCGCCGUCGACUGCUUCCUCACCGCCCUGGAGCUGGAGGCCAGCAGCCCCGUGCUGCCCUUCUCCAUCAUCCCCAGAGAGCUGUGACGGCUGGGGGGGACGGGCUACCCCCCCAGGGCGGGGCUCAGGGAAAUACACGCCUAGGGAACACUUCUGGGCCAGGUCUCCUCGCCUCCCCGCUCCAGCCCUGCUUUCCCUCCUGGGGCUGCUGGGGGGGGGGGGGGGGGGGGGGGGGCAGAUUUGCAUCAAAAGCAAAUGCCUUGCUCCCUGGGAUUCAGACAGACAUGGUGGCAUUUAUGAGUAAGGAAGAGGCUGGGAAGCCACAGCAGCCUGGGAACAUCUGCCCCGGAGGGUCUGUGCCUCCUCGUAACCACCCCCCAGCGUCUAGAACCCCCCAUUCGACACCUGCCACUCUCCACAUCCCCCACCCUGGGAUCCCGGUGACUGCACAGGUGCUAGCCUAGAACUUCAGCUCCCUGUUCUCCCACACCAAAGAUGAACCCCACCAACUGCCCUCUGACUAGGUCAUGAGGGUUUUCCCCACUUCCUAACCCAGUGCCUCGGGAGACGGUCUGCUUGAACCCCAAGUGACCUCGAGUCAUGGUGACCAGACUCGUUCCCUGGGGGUGUGGGUGGGGGAGCGUCCCAGUGUACUUCACCUCCACGUGCGCCUCUGUAGCGGGUGAGCCCCAGGGCCCUGGUCUCAGCCCCAGCCUCAGGACAGGGUUUCAGAUAACUCUCAGGUCUUGCCCAGGGCCAUCAGGGCUGGAAGAUUCUGCUGGCAAAUGGGAAGAGCGUGAGAUCUCUGGGUGUCCCCCCCCCCCAGGUUUGGGCUAUUGGGGGAUGCCCCUCUGCCCGUGGAGCUCCACUGCUCUUCCCCUCUGCUGCCAAGUGCCUUUUGGGCCUCUGGUGCCUGGCCCAAACUCCUCUCCCAUCUCUGCCAUGCUCACCUUUCUGGAAACCUGCCCCUGCCCAAGUGGUCUCCUUAGGCCUAGGCCGUAGACCCCAGGGUACGAACAUGGCAGCUGGACCCGUUCUUCCUCACACCUUGCAUCAACAUACCCCUUCAGGCCUCAUGUUUCUGGGCAAUGGGUACCAUGCAGAACCCUCUGGGGAUAAUAAUAUGGAGAUGGGUGUCUCCAGGGCUGACCCCAGCACCUCUCACCACCCACAGCCCGUUUCUGCAUCAGGCCAUUCAGUUCCCCCUGCCUGAGGUCCAGUGGGGACUGGACACCAGAGGAGGGGACGGAGCGUCAGCAGGGGGCCGGGGGCUGGUGGGUGGGUAUCUUCCCUGCUGGUUCCCCCAGCCCUGCUGGGAUACUCCCCAAGAAGUUAUUCCCCGUCCCUGGGGGUUGGGGGGGGAGUGCUCAUCAGGGAAUUCCUUUUCUAUCUGCACUUUGGGUUUUAGUUUUAAAGCUCCAUCUGGUACGGCUGUCUCCUCUUAGGGUGUGUGGAAAGACUGGGCGAGGGCUGCCCUAGCUCCUCAUUGCCCAGUCUGCUCCUCGGGGGCGGGGGUGGGUGGGUGGGUGGCCUCUGGAGAUCCCCCGCCCCGGCCACACUGGCUCAGCACUGCACACCCCUGGGUGCCUCCCCCCGAGAGGGCCUGCCCCCUCCUGGCCCUCCCACACGGCGACCGGCACUGCAGAGGACGCCAGAUCCCUCGCUCUGCCGAAGGAUCUCUGUCUCCAUGUGUGUAUAAAUAGAGGUAUAGAGAUAUAUAUAUGAUAGAGAUCUAUUUUUAUUCUGAAAUUCUGUGAGAAAAAAAUAAAACUGAAUGAGAAGAGCAAAUGCUACUGAUUUGCCUCGGGGUGCCCAAGACUGGUAGUCAGUUGGUAAUAGGCAGGGCCCCAAGUGCAUUUCGGCUUGCAGCGUUCCUCUGGGGGAAGCCUCGGAGGGCUGGGCCACCUUGCUGGCGGUUUGAAAUAAAGGUCUUGAAUAAAGAGACGUUUGAGAGGGA